AUGCCCGAACGGCUGCCAAAGAACGCCAAGGUGAUCGACCUGAGCAACAAUCAAAUUCGCCGCCUGAACAGUGGCCGUGUGAAGCUGUCCCACUGGGAGCACGUCAACAAGAUCAUCCUGCAGAACAACUCGCUGGAAACGCUGGACGGACUCGACCAGAUUCACUCCAACUGGACCAUCGUCUACCUAGACAUCAGCGGCAACCUGCUGACGGAGAUUCCCUACCACAUACUGGACCGCGAGAAGGUGCUCUCCAGUCGCAUCGACAAAAUUCUCAUCGGCAACAAUCCGUACAGCUGCGACUGCAACACCGUGAAGAUGCAAAAGUGGCUGCAGAGCAACUACCGCAUCAUUCACGACCUGGCCAACGUCCGCUGUGGCUUUGUCCGCGAAGAGCUGAUGAGAGUCAAUGAGUCCAGCGGACAACAGUUGCAGCAGCAGCAACAGCAACAACAACCACAGCCGCAACAGCUGCAGCAGGCAAUAGCCAGCAGACAGGGCCAGUUGUACAAUCGGGAAAUACUGAAGAUCAACAACCUCGAGCUCUGUCCGUCAAUAGCCUCCGUGGAGAUCUUUGACAUUGUCAACGGCAUUCUCGCCUUUGGCAUUGUCUUUUUGCUGGCCAAGGUGACGUACGAUUACUUCUGGCAGAAGAGGACGGGAAAUCUGCCCCAGUUUUGGAAGGUGAACUACUGA